UUAAAUAUUAAAUAUUAAAUAAAAAAGGAACAAUGAAUGAAUUAAUUUGUCGUGUCAUAUUACAGCUCUGUAUUUGCCUAUUUGCCUAACAUUGACCCCUCACUUUACUCAGACACAAAAGGAUUGAAAAAUCUAGGGUUUAAAGGAGAAGCUCACAAAAUUUUACCUUUCAAAAAUUUGUGCGAAAUCUCACAAAAUCGACAGAAAAGCUAGAGUUUUGAACUGGAUUUGCACUAAACAAGACGCUUCUUGUCCGGCCGUUUGGCAGAUCAUACGGAAAUGGCACAUCCUGUUUACCGGAUUGUGCUGCAUUAUUUGGAUGAUGAGCAUAUACUUGAUAGCAUUGAUCCUGACAGAUACAGCUAUAUUGAUUUGUGUACUGAUAUUGUAGCUGUUUUUCCUACGAUUGGGGCAAUUGAUGGUAUUAGGAUUAGAAGUGGUGUUGAAGGUAGGGCUGGCUGCACUGAGGGAUGGAUUUCUAAAUGGAUGCAAUCCAUUUUUGGGGUUUGAUGGAUGCCACUUGAAAGGGCCUUAUGGUGGUGUACUGCUUUCAGCAGUUGGGUUGGAUGGUCAUAAUGGGUUGUAUCCAGUAGCAUUUGCUAUUGUGGAGACAGAAAACAAAGAGAGUUGGGUUUUUUUUUUUCACAACCUUUUAAUCUUGCUCGGUGGCUUCAAUGAUGGGAGGCCAUGGACCUUUGUAACUGACAGACAAAAGGGACUGGUGGAUGCAAUUAAUGUGACAGUACCUAAUGCCAUUAACAGAAAAUGUGCAAGGCAUAUUUGUGCAAAUUUUAGGAGUCGUUUUAGUGGGGGUCCAUUGAAGAAAUGGUUUUGGGUAGCUUCUAGGUCAUAUACUGCUGCUGGUUUUAACUUUGCUAUGUAUAAGAUUAAGGAACUGAGUCCUAAUGCAUACAAGUGGCUUUUAGAUAUUCCUUGCGAGUUGUGGUCCAGACAUGCAUUUGAUAGGAGAGUGAAAUCAUGAUUGUCGUUUUCUUUCCACAAUUAAGACGCUUGCAUUUCUCUUUUUUGUAUCUCAAGCAACUCAUUUGGGAAGUGCUACUUGAAGAAGCCAUGAAUUACAAGCAAUAUAGGAGAUGAAAUGAAGCAACAAAUGAAUGAGAAGCAAAUGAACCCAAUUUCUAUUUAUAAGUUCUGAAAAAAACGGUCAUAAAUUCAAUUUUCUGAUUUUCUUACAAUGACCCCCUCAUACAAUUUAAAACCUUACAAUGAACCCCCUCUGACAACAAAAAACGGCUAGUUAAAAACAAAAAAAAAAAAAAAA